AACUGCUUGGCUCGGAGGCUGAGCAGAAUGAGAACAACCGCAACAUCAACUUGUGUGCUUGCGGAUCUUCUGCGACAGAGCGCAUCUCCGCCAGCACUGCGGCUGUGUGGACACGAGUAUCCCCUCUUGCUUCUCCUUACCGGUCCGUUCUCCUCGCCUACGGACCACCAUCGCAGCUGCUGCCUCCGCUACCAGCUCUCGGGCUGCUGCAACGGCAGUUACAGCAAAGAUCUCGCACCGAAUGUGGACCCUGCCUUUCGCCGCCGCUACUUCCGACGUCGCCGCUCGACACGACCGGAGCUGUACGCGAUGAACACGCGACGAUCAACACGCCCUCUCUGCCUUGUGUGGCGAUUACCACGUCGUGGGGGAGUGUUGGGCAUCUGUUCGACGUGGCAAUGCCACUCUACCUCAUUGCUGUCUCUUCCUCGUCUGAUGCGCUCAUCAACGUCAACGCGGCGAGGCGUCCCAACGGCCCAGUCGCCGCGCAGCAACGGGGCGCCCCCGCUGCCGCUCCCGCGCCCGCCGCUCCCGCCGCGCCCGCUCAAGCCGCCGCCCCGCGACGCUCAGCCCGGAUUGCAGCUCGCGGCGCGCCAUGACCGAGCUCCACAACGAGCUCCUGUUCAUUAUCUCCCCUUUCUCUCUCUCCGCCCACUCGGCCGCGCUUUGACCCCUUCACUGGAUCAUCUUAGCGCGCAAGUCUUGCCAACAAGCAAGACCAUCC